AUGGCGCGCCACUAUCCAUUGGACCAGGACCUCGCCUUUGAGCGGUACGAGCAUCGAACCCUCGAGGUUAGAGAUGUCCUUAUCAAUCGUCUAUGGGAAAUCUUUGUUACUCCGGCCAAACAGGAGGCUACUGAAGAUAUCUGGAAUCCCUCUACACUGUUAGGCCGCGUUGCAGUUCAUUCUCGUCAGGGUAGAAAGAUUCCGGCCGUUGAGCCUUGCGAUUUGUUGCAUUUGAUUCGACCCAACCCCAUCCCAAACAAGGAGGAAGACGCAGUCGCCUUUCUUUUUCGAUCUACUACCAUCGAUGAAUGGCUCAAUAGUCUUCUACGCAGACACACCUUCCUCACCAAAGAACAGCUUGGCGAUUUCGAAUGGGCUCAAAGAGAUUUUGCUUUCGAUGCUGCUCAGCGGUUUUAUUUUGAGGUGAAUGAUCCGUCCGUCAGAUUCCUCUUCAAACAAUUGGGUGGCCAGGACCUAUUAUGGUCUAUUGAGGAGCGGACUAGGAUUCUGAUUGAGGAUGCGAAGCGAAAUAUUCGAGUACAAGAUGCUCAUCGCCUUUACUCAGGAGGCUUUCCAAAGCCAGAUCAGAAAUCUCGGGUCUUGGCCAAGGGCUUCCACCUCAUUCUCAAAAGAGAUCCCUUAUUACCUCGGAGCACGAGAAAGACUGCCAAGGACCGGCUCUUUGAUAUAUUCCCGUUCGCUCCCCCAAAGCUCUACGGUCGAGCAUCAAGUCUUCCAGCUCCUGAUGCCUGGGCCACUGCAAGACAUUCUAUGACUGUAAAAGAUCCGACUCGAUUGCGCUCGGGACGCCCUUUCAUGUGGCUUACUCAACUGAUCUUCCACUUUCCGCGUCGUCGAUUCUCGGAGCUAGACAAGCUUAAAGACCUGCUGGAGAUGGAGCAGAUCAACAUGGCAAAUCCCAUCCUUGUUCAAAUUGCGGUGGCCUCGAUCACAAACUCAAAAAGUGUUCUAACCCGUGUGGAUAUUGUGGUAAGAAGAGCCACCUGGCUGUCAAAUGCCCCGUCAAACCUUCAAAUCGCUGCAAGUGUAAGCCAUUCCCGCGGCAUGUCGCGACAGAGUGCCAGGAACAAUGCAGUCGUCGAUGUGGUAAUCCAUUUCCUUUUCGAGAUAACAAGCAUCUCAACGCCAUGA